UCGAUCAAGCUUUUCCUCGCGCUCUCGCACUCAUCCAAAUAUUCUACACAAUUCGUGAAGCAGCUCAAAAGUCAAAAGUUUGAACUUUGACCACCCGAACAAUAUCAAAGACCAGCGAAGCACGUGACUAGCUCUCCGUCGUCGACAUUGUGAAGAAUUUCGAUCCUGUUUUCUCAACCUAUCAGAUGGACACGUCAUGCUCAAAGUGUGAAGCAUCAAAGAGACUGAUGCCUCACACAAUGUACAAAGUUCAUUCCUUUAGUCUAUAUAACCGCUUCAGGUUUCAAAUCAAGGUCCAUUAGAUGCAACUUCACCAAAGCAGUCACACACAUCCUCCGAUCCCGUUUCGCAGAAGCAACCACAAACCGUCCCCAAAAACUCACAAGCUCACACAACCAUGAGCUCCAACACAAUAUUCAAAACGCACUACGCCGCGCUCGGAGUCCGCAACGACGCCUCCAAAGAGGCGAUCCGUCAAGCAUAUCGCCGUCUAGUACUAAUCUACCACCCAGACAAGCUUCGAGCAGACCUACCCGAGAUGCAGAAAGCGGCCGCCGUAGCCAUGUUCCGCGCGGUCCAAGAAGCCUACGAGGUCUUGAGCAACGACGAGAAGAGAGCAAAGUACGACGCAAGGAGAAGAGGAAGAGCUUCUGGCCAGGGCGACACUUUCAGCCGGGAGUACUUCAAUCGUGACCCUUUCACUCGCGACCGGCCUAGUCGACCGCGCCGUGCCCGUAAGGAGUCUAAGGGGCCAGAGUAUGAGCCGAAAGAGACGAGGCAGUGGUUCCACGCAACGCCUCCGGGUGAGAAGAAGCAGGAGAAACGGAAGCCGAGUGCGAGGAAAAAGCGUACUAAGGCUCCUAAGCCUCCAAAGGAGCCCAAGGUUACUCCUCAGCCAGCCCAGAAAGAUGAGCCUAAGAAGAAAGGUGCGAACCCCAGUCCGUUCCCGUACGCGAGACGCGAGGCAGAGAAUGCUGCUUAGACUUAUCGUAUUGGACAGUGACGCCUGAGAAUGCUUGGUGAUCACUGAAACCAGAUACCGCAGGUGACAUGACGGCGAAGGUGUUGUCUUCUUUUUUUCCUUGCUCUUCUAGCUUGACACAUCGUUAUUUCUUGGUAGGCAACGUGAUAGCAUAAUUUCAUCUGUUCCUCGCAAUGUACCAUCUCUUAUGACCGUGAAGUUUUAUAUUUUGUACAGCA